GGCAGUGAAGAAUCAGAAAUUACAGGAACAGUUUGAUGCUGAAGCUUCGAGUUCUUCUAACAGCGGUUCAACUAGUGGGAAACCUAUUUUUCAAGGGGUUUCUAUUUUCGUUGAUGGAUUUACGGUUCCCCCUAGUCAGGUUUUGAUGAACUUUGAUAAUUUGUGUUGAAUGCCAGUAGGGUUGCCAAGAAAUUGGAAUAAAAUCAAAGGAAAACCAAAUUUGUAUGCACGUUGGCACACAUUGAUUUCAUUAGUAGUAUGUGUGUAUGCAUAUUUAUUUUACUGUUUCCUUACUGAAACCUUAACAGGAACUGCGAAGUUACAUGCUAAGGCAUGGAGGACGCUUGGAGAAUUAUUUUUCUAGGCAUCGUGUUACUCAUGUCAUCUGCAGUAACCUUCCUGACAGUAAAAUUAAGAACCUGAGGUUUGCAUUGCAUGAUCAAGUUUGACAUCCAAUGCUGAUAAUAAGCAUUUCUUUAACUCCUAUAAUUUGUAUCGCUGGUGUUUUUACGUUAGGUCUUUUAGUGGUGGGCUCCCAGUAGUGAAACCCGCUUGGGUGUUGGAUUCUGUUGCUGCUAAUAAACUUUUAAGUUGUAAGCUUUCUUUCUUUUCUUUUUCUCUUUUUUAUUUAUUAACUUGAUUUAUUGGUUCUAGAUCUGAGCAGCUUUUGAAUUUUCAUUACUUUUUAAUUGCUACUUUUGGUUCUAAAUAACAAGAAGGAAAAGGAAAGGAAGUUGAUUGGCAAUGGUAAAGAAGGGAAGCCCUUUUAACAGGGUACCUUACCAACUUGACCAGAUUGCUAGUGAAGCUCAUAACCAACCAAAGCUAUCGGCCUUUUUUGCUCUGAAAAACAGUCCAGUCUUAAAUGAUACUGUGACUUGUGUGAAUGGUCAAAUAAAACCUGAAACUGAGCAUCCAUCAUUGGAAGGUGGCACAAUUAAGGAGGCUCACUUAUCUGGUGGAUCCAUGGAACACUCAAGGCCAUGUAGUGGAGAAUGGGAUGAUGGUGUGCAUGGGAAUAGUACAGGAACAGUAAUUGAGGAGCCAACAUGUAAUGAUGGAAAAUAUAGUGAAGGGAAAACGGUUGAACCAAUUAUACAUAAGAGCAGUGCUGGAAUUGAAGAUCAAGCUAGCCCCUCUCGGCCUUCUGCUUCAGUUAGCAGCCACAAUACUAAAAGAUCAAUAAGUUCAGCAGUUGUUGGGCCUUCCAAGCCGCAGCAUUCUACUCUUGUCGACCCCAAUUUUGUGGAAAAUUAUUUCAAGAGCUCUAGGCUACACUUCAUAGGUACCUGGAGAAGUCGGUAUCGUAAGCGUUUUCCUAGCUUUAAGUACACAGUUCCUGAUGUUAAGGUUUCUUCUUUGAGGACUUCUGUUAUCCAUGUGGACAUGGACUCUUUUUUUGUUUCAGUGGUCAUAAGGAACCAUCCGGAAUUAAGGGAUAAGCCUGUAGCUGUGUGCCAUUCUGACAAUCCACGAGGAACUGCUGAAAUUUCGUCUGCAAACUACCCUGCUCGAGAUUAUGGAGUACGGGCUGGAAUAUUUGUUAGAAACGCCAAGGCUCUUUGUCCUCACCUUGUCAUUCUUCCUUAUGACUUUGAAGCUUAUGAGCAGGUGGCUGAUCAGUUUUACAAUAUCCUGCAUAAACAUUGCAGCAAAGUGCAGGCUGUAAGCUGUGACGAAGCAUUUUUAGAUGUCACGGAAUCAGAAGUGGAAGAUUCUCAGUUAUUAGCUUCAGUAAUUAGAAAAGAGAUAUUUGAAGCUACAGGAUGCACCGCAAGUGCUGGAAUUGCUGGGAAUUUGCUAAUGGCUCGCCUUGCCACGAGAGCUGCUAAACCAGAUGGUCAAUUCUACAUCCCUCCUGAGAAGGUGGAUGAUUACUUGCAUGAACUUCCAAUUAAGGCACUUCCAGGAAUUGGGCAUGUCUUAGAGGAGAAGUUGAAAGUGAGACACAUUCAGACAUGUGGCCAGUUGCGCAUGAUCUCCAAGGAAUCUCUUCAAAAGGACUUUGGGAUUAGAACUGGUGAUAUGCUGUGGAAAUAUAGUAGAGGGAUUGAUGAUCGGCUGGUUGGAAUGGUCCAGGAAAGCAAGUCUGUAGGUGCUGAAGUAAAUUGGGGUGUGAGGUUCAACGAUUUGAAAGAUUGUCAGCAUUUUCUCAUGAACCUUUGCAAGGAGGUCUCAUUGCGUUUGCAGGGAUGUACGGUGCAAGGGCGCUGUUUUACCCUUAAGAUAAAGAAGAGAAGAAAUGACGCUGAGCCAGUGAAGUAUAUGGGUUGUGGAGACUGUGAGAACCUAAGCCACUCUAUAACGGUUCCCAUGGCUACUGAUGAUGUAGAGCUAAUCCAAAGGAUAACCACACAGCUCUUUGGUUCUUUUCAUAUAGAUGUCAAGGAUAUUCGGGGCGUGGGCUUACAAGUUUCUAAGCUUGAGAGUGUAGAUCCUGCCAAGCAAGGGCAUGAAAGGAACUCUAUUCGUUCUUGGCUCGCCUCUGCCUCUUCAAGUACCAAAGAACAUUCUAAAAUCGGUUUUCCAGCCAAAGAGAGUGCUAGUAGAGGUCAGAUGUGCACCGUUUCACCUUCAAUUCAAAUUGGGACUAAUCCAUCAAAUGCUGAAGCUCCCGUAAACCAGGAUUUAGCUCUACCACCUUUAGAUGAUCUUGAUUUGGGAGUUAUAGAAGGUCUUCCUCCAGAUCUGUUUUCAGAAAUUAAUGAUAUGUAUGAUGGGAAGUUGAUUAAUUUGAUUUCAAAAAAGAAAGGCAAAAAUGUGGAUGCCAGCAAUUCUCUGUGCACUAUGCAUCAGGAGAGAGUACAAGUUGCAAUAAAUGAGGGUAAGGGACCCUUUUGGCUGGAUCCAGCUUGUGUAAAUGAAAGCCCUGUGGAGGAUAAGGAAGAGAAUUGUCCAGUUGAGAACAAUCAGGGAGAGCCUGCUUCUGAGGGACCCUCAAAUUCGGUCUUUUUCACUUCAGUUCCUAAUAAAAUUGAUUUAAUGCCUUCAUCUCUAAGUCAAGUAGAUAUCUCAGUGUUACAACAACUGCCUGAGGAAUUAAGAGUUGACAUACUUGAGGUGCUUCCUGCACAUAGGAGGCCAGAAUGCACAUCAGAUGCUGCUUUGGGUCCUACAUCCAAAUCCGAAGAAUCACCAUGUCUGAAAUGUCCUGAGAAUCGGCUUGGGUCAAUGAAUUCUGUUUCAAGGAAUGAACUUUGGGUUGGAAAUCCACCAGAGUGGGUUGAGAAGUUCAAAGAUAGCAAUUGCUCGAUCUUGAAAUUUCUUGCGGACAUGUAUUACAGAUCAGGUUCGAGGGGUCGUCUGUCUUCUAUUUUGCAAUGCACUCUUUCAGAAUCUGAACUUCAUAGUGAUGCAAGUAAUGAUGGAUGGGAUGAUGCUAUUGGUUGCUUGUGCGAUCUUCUCAAGCAGUAUAUUAAGCGACAAAUAGAAACAGAUAUUGAAGAGAUCUAUGUUUGCUUUCGUCUUCUUAGAAGGUUUACUACAAAGUCAAAAUUUUUCUUUCAAGUUUACAAUGUCGUCCUUCCUCACCUUCAGGCAUCUGUUGGUGAAAACUAUGGAGGAAGCUUGCAUAUUUCAGAUGGGAGUGAAUAGUGUUUCUAACAUGGGUGGAGCUAUGCAUGAAGUAGUGAGUUCAAUUGAACCCACUGAACUUUGAUUUUUUGUUUAGAAUUAUGUAGUGUUAUAUAAAAUUU